AGGACGGUCCCUCCUAGUUUACUCGCUGCGCUCGCACUCCGGUUCGCGCUUUCCCUUCUCUCUCCUUAACCCACCGCACCCAUCUCCGCCUCGUCCAAGAAGCAUGACCAGCUCCUCCGCCACUGCUCGCAAGACUCUGAGCAAGAUCGCAUGCAAUCGGCUCCAGAAGGAACUCGUCGAGUGGCAGGUUAAUCCUCCCGCUGGGUUCAAACACAAAGUCACUGAUAACCUCCAAAGGUGGGUAAUUGAAGUAAAUGGAGCCGCGGGAACUCUUUAUGCUAACGAGACAUACCAACUCCAAGUUGAUUUCCCCGAGCAUUACCCUAUGGAAGCACCGCAGGUUAUUUUUCUCCCUCCUGCUCCUCUGCAUCCUCACAUUUAUAGCAACGGACAUAUAUGUCUAGAUAUUUUGUAUGAUUCUUGGUCUCCGGCGAUGACUGUUGGUUCAAUCUGUAUUAGCAUUCUCUCCAUGCUAUCAAGUUCGACUGUGAAGCAACGCCCUGCGGAUAAUGACCGCUACGUGAAAAACUGUAGGAAUGGUAGAUCUCCCAAGGAGACCAGAUGGUGGUUCCACGAUGAUAAAGUGUGAUGACAAAAUGAUCGACUGCCACGACACCUUUCUGCUGGUUUAUAGUUGAACCAAAGAAAGCUGAUGGUGACAUAUCUCAUUUUCUUCUGAAAGGAAAUGUAGAAAUUAGGGAAAAAGGAAAAGGAAAAGAAAAAGCAUCUGCGAUGGCCUCCUGACUCUUGAGAAGUAGGGGCUAAGAGCGAAGAGCUUCUGUAAAGUUGCAGUGCCUGGUAUUUGUAAAGGAUGAGUAGUCUAUUGUUCAGCAAAAUGUAUGACCGAAACAAGCUAGUUGUUUGUGGUACUUUGCCCAUCUUUGUUUCACUUUUAAUGUUCUACUUCCUUUUCCUUAUUUAUUUUCUCCAUCAUGAUAGUCGAUUCAGUAUUCCUUCUCUGGUU